AUGGAAGAGUUGGAACUGAUUGGUGAUGUGGGGGUGGGGUUGUUUGACAUGUUGGCACAGAGCGAAACUGCGGAGGAGAGUGAAGGGGAAGAGGUAGUCUCUUCGUUAACAGAGGAGGAAAAAGAAAAACUGUCCUCUUUAAAAACUCAAAUGGACGAAAUGAUGAGAAGGGCUGCACGUCUCAAAAAAGAUAUUCAAGAAAGGAUGAGAAAACGCCAACAAAAGUGCAUUCGUUAAAAAUUUUCGGGCAGGUAGGCGGUCCACAGCGAACACCGACGCAGCUCAACGGCAGUCACAAACAAAGAAGUGUGUGACUUUCCUAAUCAGCCCUGAAAUUCCGAUACGACCCGAAAAAAUGUUUGAGCAAAAGUUUCCUAGUGAAAAACUUGAAAUCGGCUCGCAUCGGAAAGCAGGGUCGCUCCAGAAUGUAAAUUAUUGUUUGGCUUCACAAAAUAACAAAAAUAGGAUUUCAUCAUCAGCGGUCAUUUUUUUUUUUCUUUUCUUAUUUUUGAAUGUUUCCAAUAAUUGUUUUAUUCCUAAAGGCUUUCAUUCCUGAACUCUUAACUUUAAAAAGUUAAGCUAAAACAUCAAACAUAACCAUACAAAUUAUUUCGUAAUCGGGCAUACCCCUACACAUCGUAAAUAUGCUGUUCCGCAAGGAUAUUUUGGCUUACAUCAACCGCGGGACUUUCCCUUUUGACAUUUGCAUCUCUGAAAAAGACUGCGCUUGAGCAAGCCGAUUGUGACGUUUUAGAAACGAUUGCCAAAUAGAAUCACUUUCCGACGUUUCACCAGAAGUCACUUAAUCAAUAAUUUUCGUCCGAAUCAGCAAAUUCAUUUACAGCGUGAUAAACCAGAACAACCUCCUCAAUCAAUAAAAUAUCAAUUCCAAGACCUCUGCGUUGUAAAAAAAUAUUUGACCCUUCUGAGCAAGUAAUAAUUUUUUUGUUGUUUUUUUUUUGCUUUUCUCUGUAUCUCCUAUUAGUGCUUGUAAAAAAAAACAUUAUUUUUGAUCAAGCCGCAUUUUGGACAGUACAUUUCAAAUUCACAAGGGGCAAUUCGCAUUUUCACACUGCAAACGUGGCGCAUUUAAAAAUUCGGGAAAAGGCGUUUUGCUUUCUUUGCACAUGUCUGGCUGAAGGAGGAUAUGUUGUUUUCUUUUCUCAUAAAGAACUCUCUGCAGAAGGAAACCUUUUCGCUUCCCCCAGCGCCAGCUGGCAGUGCCUGAGGUAUUGUGUUACUAUUGUAUGCGCGCGCAGUUUUUCCUCAUGUGUGUUAGAGUCCCUUAGUUUUGAGGUUCCUGUUUCUUCAACAUUAGAAACCUUAAGCAUCAGGUUUUUCUUGGAAAACCGCAAACCGCAAACCACAAAAUGUCCCGUGACCAUGGUCUUGCAGUCGCCUUUGCAGUUUGCAGUUCACGUUUGAACGGCAGGAAGGGCUUCCAGCGUUAAGUGACUUACGGCAAGGUUUUUUGCCACUAAAAAUUGAACAGCCUCGCGUUUAAAGGCACGAAAUAGCUUUUUAUAUCCGUCUGCGAUGUGUUUGUUGGAUUUUUGAUCUCGAAUCAUAACCUUUGAGUACAUCAACCUUUCGUUCUUUGUCACAGACUUGUAACAGCUACCGCCUAUGUCGCACGGAACAAUAAACCUCAGCCAUCGCUUAAGCUUGAUGUGGACACCACCCUACGCACCAUCGUCCCCUGGCGUUACAUGACCAAAACAGAUCUCACCCGUGCCUUCUACCAGAUCCCCCUUUCUAAGUCUUCCCUGAAGUACUGCGGUGUAGCCACACCCUUCCGAAGAAUUCGCAGCUACAUAUGAUCAGCUAUGGGAAUGCCUGGGUCCGAAACUGUUCUUGAAGAAAUGAUGUGUUGCGUUCUCGGUGACUUUAAACUUGCAGAUGUGCUCUACUGUGGUGGCGAUACCCCCGAAGCACUCCUGAACAACUGACGACGCGUACUCCAGGCACUUUAUCGUUGCAACCUUAGCUUAUCUCCUAAAAGACUGUCAUUUGUCCCAAGACCACCUCCAUCCUAGGCUGGAUACGGUUCCAAGGCAGGUUAUCAGCUAACUCGCAUCGUAUCGCCGCCUUGGUAUCGUGUCCUCCUCUUCCAACGGUCCUCAGUCGUGUGCUUGCUUCUCAACUGCUCAAACAUCAUUGAUUCCCUAGAGUGCGCCCUCACUGGUCUUCAGUGUACAGAGAGAUUUAAGUCCGUGCAGGAUUUCUUAUUUAACCACAAAGGCAUAGUUAUUCCUCGCCCUUCAGACACCCUCUGGAUAGUAACGGAUGGAUCUGUUACCAGAAGAGGCCUCAGUGCCACAUUGUACGUCUCACGUACCAAUUAACUCCACUUAGCUGGCUUCUUCAGUGCCAAAUUGUGAAAACACCAAGUCACUUGACUUUCAUGCGAAGUAGAAGCACUGUCAUUUGCUGCGCCCGUAAAUCAUUUCGCUCCAUUUAUUAUUCAGUCUCAGCAUCUAACGACCAGCAAGGUGAUCGAUAUGGUCGUCAAAGUGGACGACGUAGAAGCUCUGCAAAAGGAGAUAUGGUACUUCGCUGCGAGCGCCUGCUGGCGGGUGCCAACGCUGCUCUGAUCACAUCCAAGCACGUCGAUUUUAAGAAAGAACCUGAAAAGGAAUCUGAAAAGGAGCCUGUCCAAGAGCCUUGCAAUGAAGCUGACCACGAACCUGCAAAUAGACUGCAAAAACUUUCAUCUUAUCAUAUACAACAUGGCUGA